AUGGCGCUCGACCCGCGCUUCUAUCACCAGAUCGGCCACGGCUCUGGGCCUGGCUCCCAUUCUUCCCUCUCGUCUGGCGCAUCGGCUGCCACUGGCACAACGGCCCCGACCACCCUCUCGACCUCGGCAUCCUCCGCUAAUCUCCGAUCGAACGCUUCGAGCCCUUCCCUUCGCGCACGAGAGAGCGUUGCCAUUAUGUCUCCACGUCAAGCUGCCAUCGCCAGUCCCUCUCCGGGAGGAAAUGUUCGUGUCGUGGUUCGGGUUAGGAAGUUCCUUCCCAGAGAGCUUCAACGGAAAGCGGAGUGCUUGAUCAGCAUGGACCCCAACACCCAAAUGACCAAGCUCCUCGCACCCAAGGUCAAUCCCGUCGACGAAGGAAAGCCCAAAUCGCAGGCUCGCGGCAAAGUGCUGGAAGACAAGUCAUUCAUCUUCGACAACUCGUUUUGGUCGCAUGACGAUACCGACGACCACUACGCUCACCAGGAGGACGUGUACAACUGUCUGGGAGAGGAGUUCCUGGACCAUAACUUUGAAGGAUACCACACCUGCAUUUUCGCCUACGGCCAGACCGGUUCAGGAAAGAGUUACACCAUGAUGGGUACCCCGGAGCAGCCAGGCUUGAUCCCCCGUACCUGCGAUGACCUUUUUCAGCGUAUCGAAAGCGCCCAGUCCCCUGAUGUCAGCUACAAUGUCCGCGUCUCCUAUUUCGAAGUCUACAAUGAACAUGUGCGCGAUUUGCUUGUCCCUCGAGUCGACCCACCCAACUAUCUCCGAAUUCGCGAGUCCCCAUCUGAAGGUCCCUACGUUAAAGAUCUCACGGAGGUUACUGCCCGUAACUUUGCAGAGCUGAUGAACUUCAUGCGGAAAGGUGAUGUGUCUCGUACCGUGGCCAGCACCAAGAUGAACGAUACUUCCUCUCGCUCCCAUGCCGUUUUCACCAUCACUCUGAAACAGAUCCACCACGACCUUUCGACGGAUGAGACUACCGAACGUACCGCUCGAAUUCGCCUGGUUGAUUUGGCAGGAUCUGAACGUGCGAAAUCCACCGAGGCCACAGGCCAGAGACUCCGUGAAGGUUCGAACAUCAACAAAUCGCUCACCACGCUGGGACGUGUCAUCGCUGCGCUGGCAGAUCCGAAGCCGAGUCGCGGCGGAAAACGAAAGGGCAAAGACGUAGUCCCAUAUCGUGAUUCAAUUCUCACCUGGUUACUGAAGGACAGCCUCGGAGGCAACUCAAAGACGGCUAUGAUCGCAUGUAUCGCCCCUUCGGACUACGAGGAAACGCUUUCAACCCUACGUUAUGCAGAUCAGGCGAAGCGCAUUCGCACACGGGCUCGAGUCAACCAGGACCAUCUCUCGGCUGCCGAGCGCGACAAGCAGAUGGCGGAGAUGGCGGAAACGAUCCGCACACUUCAGCUUAGUGUCAGCAUGGCAACGGCCAACCGACGCGAGAGCGAAAUGCAGAAUGAACGCUUGGAAACAUAUCAGCAAAAAGUGGACCAGAUGCAGAGAUUGAUGGAGGAGACCAAGAUGGUUAGCGAAUGCAAGAUCCGGCAAUUGCAGACGGAGAACGAAGCACUUCGCAAUCACCUCAAACUGGCCGUUGACAGUCUCAAGAACCCCAUCCCCGCUGUGACGAUCGAGAAACGUAGAGGCAGUUUGAUGUGUCUGGAUGAAGAAGAUACCCAAGACGAGAGUCGACCUGGAUCCCCAACGUCCGACGUGGAGCCCGAACCAGAUCUGAUCUGGGAGGACGACGGCACGAUCGAAGUGGAAUCGAACCAGAUCGAAGCUCACGACAUGCAGUCUCACAUGGAAGACCUGCUGGUAGAUCUGAACGUGUUCAAACGCAAACUGGCCUCUGAUCACGAUCGAUUCCGCUCCAUCCAGAAGCACGAAUCCCGCAAACGACGACGGGCCCUGAGCAGUAUUCUCGGCCACAAUCGCUAA